GGGGUUGCGUGUGAAAGGAUGUUGAAAGUUAAAGAGGACCAGAGAGGCAAGUUAUUACCUGUAGCUGGGUAAAUUCUGACUUACUUUCCUUCGUUAGAAAUAGGUAUUAGGGCGGUGGUAGAGCAUGACGGCAGAUCAAGGGACCGCAAGUUCGAAAUCCCCGGUGUAAAUCGCUUUGGAUAGAAGUCUGCUGAAUGAAUCGGCUUUAGGCUAUUAUUGUUAGGCUAAGUUCUUCUUUCUCAGCGGGGAGGAGGAUGACGUACAAAACAUUGACUGCAGCCACGAUGAGACGUGCAACAACACAAAGCAACACCGGAAUGGCUAGCGUCAGUCCAUCUAACUCGGCCUUGCUGAUAGGCCGGCCUACGUGUCAAACGUCGCAGAGUCCAUCCCUUCCGUUAUCGGAAUCUGGAAGACACAAGGAGCUAGUCUUUGACAACAGUUAAAAAGUUCAUGUUGGACUUUUUAAAGGCAUCAAACGGACAUAUGAAGGAGUGUAAGCUGAGCAUGGAGACCCUGAGCAGGGCGGAGCUGCUGAGCCUGCUGUGUGUGCUGGAGGGAGAGCUGCAGGCCCGGGACCAGGCCCUGCAGGCCCUCAGGGUGAGUCCACAGCCCACCUUCCCCUCCCUCAGGGCUCAGCGUAGAGACCUGUACCUCCAGGAGCGUUAUGGGAUGUACUCCCUGAGCGACCCCUUCCUGGCCCUGCAGAGGGAUGGGGAGGCUGUGGGGGGGCCGGGGGGCCCGGGGGCCACCACCAGCCCCCUGGUGGUCCUCAGGUUGGUGGUGGGCCAAUGCAGGACGAUGCAGGAGAAGAUGCUGGUGCAGCUGGCUGCAGCUGAGACUCGACACCGCAGGGUCAUCGCAGACCUAGAGGAGGAGAGGCGCAGGCAUGCAGAGGACACAGCGGAAGGAGACGAUGUCACCUACAUCCUGGAGAAGGAGAGGGAGCGUCUGCUGCAGCAGCUGGAGUUUGAACGCGGCCAGGUGCGUCGGCAGGAGAAGCAGCAGCGCAGGCAGCAGGAGGAGGAGAGGAGCAGGCAGCAGCUGUCCCGCGCCCUAGCCUCCCGGCUGGAGCAGGAGCAGCAGGAGGCGCAGGGCCUCCGGGCCCGGCUGGAGGAGGAGCGGACCAGGGCCCUGAGGAUGGAGGCCAAGCUGGAGGAGCAGCUGGCUGAGUUCGACACGGAGAGGGAGCAGCUGAGAGCCCGUCUGAGGAAGGAGGAGGCGCAGGGCGGGCGUCUUCAGGAGCAGCUGGAGGAGAUGAGGAGGGAGCUGAUCCUGGAGGCUGAGAGGCUGGCUCAGGACCAGAACAACGACCAGAACACGCAGCUACCCCCCGGGCCUGCCCCUGCCUCCCCCACAGUCUCUAACCCAGCCUCCACCCCUGUCCUGGCUUCCCGCUCUAUCUCCACACCUAGCGCUACCUCCUCUCCUGCCACUGCCUCCACCACAGCCUCCAUCCCUACCGCACCUAACCCCAGCCUCAGCCCUAACCCCAGUAUCAGCCCUAACCCCAGCCUCAGCCCUAACCCCAGCCCCAGCUACCAGUCGUCCUACCAAGCAGGCAUCCACCAGCGCUUCCACGCUGCUCGCCACAAGUUUGAGGGCCAGGCUGACCCAGAGUCCCCUGUCCCCCAGUGUGCCCUACCCCCCGGGGACGCGCCCUCGUCCCCCGGAUCCCCUCCGGAGGCCAGCCCCAUCAGGCAGCUCGCCCGCAGCACCGUCACCCAGGUCCUGUCCCGCUUCACCACCCAGCAGGGGGCCUCCAAACCCGCCCCCUCCAACAGCUCUCCCUUCGGCACCGACUAUCGCCAGCUGGCCCCCUCCUCCCCCGUCACGGCGAGGGCCUCGGGGGCCUCUCCUCUGGGGCUCCGCUCCCCCUCCAUCCCCCGUGCUGACCGGGGGAUCCCUCCCCCCAUCCCCCCCAAGAAGCCCGGCCUGGCUCAGUCCCCGGCCUCCCCCGGCCCCAGCCCCAGGGCCGGACACAUGGCUGAGCUGUCGUCCACCUGUGCUCUCACCUCCAGCCAGGACGGGGUCAAGGAGCUGGACAGGGUGGUGUCGUCCACCAGCUAGCCAGCUGGACAAGGUGGUGUCGUCCACCAGCUAGCCAGCUCAGGGCCGCUCCAAACACGUGUGAACUGUUGGCAUCAGAGAUGAUUGGAGAUGGAAACUCUUGAGUAUACGGUAUCUCUGUGGCUAGGGACACACCUCAGCAGCGUUGCUGUUGGUUGCUCCUCGGUUGUCGGAGGGGAAGUGAGUGUGGUGGUCAGUGUGGUCGAACAGACUGAGCUGCUCUAGCCAGUCCUGGCUGGUUCUAUCUAGUUCUGGCUUGUUCUGGUCUGAUGUAGCCUGGCCUGGCUGUGUUGCUGGCCUGUUUAGUUUGGUCUUUCCCUCCUACUUUCUGAGAGUACUCUGAAGUACUUGAAUACUCCCAGGUACUCGAAGUACUUCUGAAUAUCCCCAAGUACUCCUGAAUGCUCAGAGGUACUCCUGAACACUGUCAUGCAUUAUCAUUUAUUUAUUUACAUUGUGUAAUUGAUUUAAGCAUAGCACUGUAUAUCGUGGGGGGGUUCUGCAUCUGCUUGUGUUUAUUUGGUUACUGAUCUGGUAUUUACAAAAGUAAUCACUAUGAUACAGUCAGGAGCACUCAGUGAGGGGGGAUCAUGCGUUGAAAGAUCUAUGAGAUCAACAUGGAUGUAUGUGACUUAAUGAGGGAUUACACUCAAAUGUGCCAACUUGCUGAUUAAACGUGACUGUUAAGCGUGUUGUGAAGAAGGUGCUGAUGAUGCUUUUCCUCCAAGGUGAAGUCUACCUGUCCGAGUUUUAUGUUUUGAUAUCGAAGACAACGAGGACAGGAACGGUUUUAUAUUUUAAUUUCAUAAAAACAGUGAGAGAUUUUCAAACUCCAUGCACGCUGAUUUCACAUUCCAAAUAUCUCUGGGAUUAUUUAUAGUUAUAAUAUUGAUAAUAAUAUUGUGUAGAUUUGGAUGAUUAUGGAUGAUUAUACCGUAUGUUCAGUAUAUUAUGUCCUCAUAGCUGUUGUUUAGAAACAUGUACAGUGUAUUGUAUUAUAUACAUGAGAAAACAUGCCAGUAGGACUACAUAUUUAUCACCCAAAUAGUAUACUGCUCAGGCUGCACAAAGUAACUGUAUUUAAAAACAUUGACAUACUAUAUUUUGUAUGUAUUGCUUAGCAUCAGAGUAUAAAAAUCCUCUAAAUCCUGCUUGUAUGCUUAGGAAGAAGACAGGCUGUUCCUCCUGUCAGAUAGGUACGGGGGCGGGGUGUAUAUAGGACACAGGAAGUGACAGACAGGAAGUGGAGGUGGAGUGUGUAUAGGACACAGGAAGUGACAGACAGGAAGCGGAGGUGGAGUGUGUAUAGGACCAAGGAAGUGACAGACAGGAAGCGUGGGCCGGUGUGUAUAGGACACAGGAAGUGUCAGACAGGAGGCGGGGUGUGUAUAGGACACAGGAAGUGACAGACAGGAGGCGGGGUGUGUUUAGGACACAGGAAGUGAC